CCGGGGCGGACCCAGGGCCACCAGACGCCGGCCCCCGCCGCGGGUAGCGGCUUACGUCAGGGAGGCGAAACCCAGAACAAGAAGGAAAAAAAAGAAAACCGCACGAGGGCGGAAGGGGAAAAACUUUAUUUUUUCUCUCAUUCUUUGCUGGGGCUGAAGGGAAGGGCAGGCGCCUGCGCCAGCGCGGGCUCCCGGGAGCGAGCCAGGCACGACCCCAGCCCGCUGCGCGCGGAGGAGCCGGGCAUGUGGGACCCCCAGGACUUUGAGCGCCACUGGCAGGCCGAGUUCCCCGGGGAGGAGGCGCCAGUCAUGCGGCUGGACUCCGUGCUCGACAUGCAGCAGGAGCUGGAGCGCUGCAAACGGAACCUGAAGCGGCUGCAACAGGUGUUGGCAGAGGAGAGGUUUAAAGUCUUCUACCUGCAGGCAGCCCUGGCCGGGGAGAAGCCGGAGCCCGGCUGCGGGCCCCUGGAGGGCGGAGACGGCGGCAGCGGGGGAGCUUCGGCCGAGGAGCCGGCGCCCGUCACGCCGGAGCAGGCGCAGCCCCCGCGGGAGGAGAAAGGCUCGGCGGGCGGCGGCGAAGACCCCCUGGGUCUCGCGCGUCUUGACCCGGAGGUGGCCGCCAAGGCCGAGACUCCUCCGUUCGUGUGCCUGGACCUUCCCACCUGGCCCGGGGCGGCGGGGGCCGGGGGCGCCGUGCGCACCUUGACCGCCGCGAUCCACCAGCAGCUGCUGCAGCCUCGCCUCCUCUUCAGGCCCCGGGAAGACUGUGAGCCCCUCGGUCACGAUGGCACAAUUCCCAGCGCCCCGGGAGAGGAGCGAUCCUCUGGGACCCGCGAGGGGCGGGGCUCGGAGGAGGGCGAGCCGGACGCGGCGGGGGCGGACGAUGGGGGCGACAGCAGUGACCACGACUUCGAGAUGGUGGAUUUGAACGAGAAAUUUGUCCUAGGCCACUUGCUCGUGGCCCCCUGCCGGCUCGGGACCCGCGAUGAGGCCGAAAAGCCGGCGCGGGCGUCCAGCCCCCAUCGCUGGAUGCACCUGAUCCCUGGGGGCCGGCGGCAGCAGCGCCAGAGCCGCGACCUAGAGCAGCUGGAGUCGGAGGCCAAGGACGGGAGGGGCUCGCCCCUAGCGGUGGAUGAGCCCCCACGGCGCGGGGCCCGCGAGCACCUCCCCCGGUGGCGGCGCAAGAGGUUCCUGUGGGUGCCGGAGCGAGACUCACCUAGCCAUAGCUCGCCGGAGAGGGGCAGUGACUGCAGCCACAACAGUUCGGACCACGAAGACGGCUGCUCUGCAGAUUUCAGCUACGGGGCAGACGACUACGACGGAGAGGGGAAUGAGGAGCAGAAGGGGCCCCCAGAGGGCUCGGAGACUAUGCCGUACAUCGAUGAGUCACCCACCAUGUCGCCCCAGCUCAGCGCCCGCAACCAGGGUGGCGGGGACAGCAUCUCCCCCACCCCACCUGAGGGGCUGGCACCUGCGGUGGAAGCCGGGAAAGGCCUGGAGAUGAGGAAGCUGGUUCUCUCGGGGUUCCUGGCCAGCGAAGAAAUCUACAUUAACCAGCUGGAAGCCCUCUUGCUGCCCAUGAAACCCCUGAAGGCCACAGCCACCACCUCCCAGCCUGUGCUCACCAUCCAGCAGAUCGAAACCAUCUUCUACAAGAUCCAGGACAUCUAUGAGAUCCACAAAGAGUUCUACGACAACCUCUGCCCCAAAGUGCAGCAGUGGGACAGCCAGGUCACCAUGGGCCACCUCUUCCAGAAGCUGGCCAGCCAGCUGGGCGUGUACAAAGCGUUUGUGGAUAACUAUAAAGUCGCUCUGGAGACAGCUGAGAAGUGCAGCCAGUCCAACAACCAGUUCCAGAAGAUCUCUGAGGAACUCAAAGUGAAAGGUCCCAAGGACUCCAAGGACAGCCACACAUCAGUCACUAUGGAAGCUCUGCUCUACAAGCCAAUUGACCGAGUCACCAGAAGCACCCUGGUCCUGCAUGACCUGCUGAAGCACACACCUGUGGACCACCCAGACUACCCGCUGCUACAGGACGCCCUGCGCAUCUCCCAGAACUUCCUGUCCAGCAUCAAUGAGGACAUCGACCCCCGCCGGACUGCGGUCACAACCCCUAAGGGGGAGACGCGGCAGCUGGUGAAGGACGGCUUUUUGGUGGAAGUGUCGGAGGGCUCCCGGAAGCUGCGGCACGUCUUCCUCUUUACAGAUGUCCUACUGUGCGCCAAGCUAAAGAAGACAUCCGCAGGGAAGCACCAGCAAUAUGACUGCAAAUGGUACAUCCCACUGGCUGACCUCGUGUUUCCGUCUCCCGAGGAGUCUGAGGCCAGCCCCCAUGUGCACCCCUUCCCGGACCAUGAGCUGGAAGACAUGAAAAUGAAGAUCUCCGCCCUCAAGAGUGAAAUCCAGAAGGAGAAAGCCAACAAAGGACAGAGCCGAGCCAUUGAGCGCCUGAAAAAGAAGAUGUUUGAGAAUGAGUUCCUGCUGCUGCUCAAUUCCCCCACAAUCCCGUUUCGGAUCCACAAUCGGAAUGGAAAGAGCUACCUGUUCCUAUUGUCCUCGGACUAUGAGAGGUCAGAGUGGAGAGAAGCAAUUCAGAAACUACAGAAGAAGGAUCUCCAGGCCUUUGUCCUGAGCUCAGUGGAGCUGCAGGUGCUCACGGGAUCCUGUUUCAAACUUAGGACUGUACACAACAUUCCUGUCACCAGCAAUAAAGACGACGAUGAGUCUCCAGGACUCUAUGGCUUCCUUCAUGUCAUCGUCCACUCUGCCAAGGGGUUUAAGCAGUCAGCCAACCUGUACUGCACCCUGGAAGUGGAUUCCUUUGGCUAUUUUGUCAGCAAAGCCAAAACCAGGGUAUUUCGGGACACGACAGAGCCCAAGUGGGACGAGGAGUUUGAGAUUGAGCUGGAGGGCUCUCAGUCGCUGAGGAUCCUGUGCUACGAGAAGUGCUAUGACAAGACCAAGGUCAACAAGGACAACAAUGAGAUCGUGGACAAGAUCAUGGGCAAAGGGCAGAUCCAGUUGGAUCCACAGACUGUAGAAACCAAGAACUGGCACACAGAUGUGAUUGAGAUGAACGGGAUCAAAGUGGAAUUCUCCAUGAAGUUCACCAGCCGAGAUAUGAGCCUGAAGAGGACCCCCUCCAAAAAGCAGACUGGCGUCUUUGGGGUGAAGAUCAGCGUGGUGACGAAGCGGGAGCGCUCCAAGGUGCCCUACAUCGUCCGGCAGUGCGUGGAGGAGGUGGAGAAGAGGGGCAUCGAGGAGGUCGGCAUCUACCGGAUAUCCGGGGUGGCCACCGACAUCCAGGCGCUGAAGGCCGUCUUUGAUGCCAAUAACAAGGACAUCCUGCUGAUGCUCAGUGACAUGGACAUCAAUGCCAUCGCCGGCACCCUCAAGCUCUACUUCCGGGAGCUGCCCGAGCCCCUCCUCACAGACCGACUUUACCCUGCCUUCAUGGAGGGCAUUGCCCUGUCAGACCCUGCUGCCAAGGAAAACUGCAUGAUGCACCUGCUCCGCUCGCUGCCCGACCCCAACCUCAUCACCUUCCUCUUCCUGCUGGAACACUUGAAAAGGGUUGCUGAGAAGGAGCCCAUCAACAAAAUGUCCCUUCACAAUCUGGCUACUGUGUUUGGCCCCACGUUACUGAGACCCUCAGAAGUGGAGAGCAAAGCACACCUCACAUCGGCUGCAGACAUCUGGUCCCAUGAUGUCAUGGCCCAGGUCCAGGUUCUUCUCUACUACCUGCAGCACCCCCCCAUUUCCUUCGCAGAACUGAAGCGGAAUACACUGUACUUCUCCACCGACGUGUAGCCCCAGGUGGGAGCAGCUGUGGGGGGUGGCCCGCGCCUCUCCAGCCAAGGGACCCAACACAGACUUGAAAGACUACAAUAGAAAACUCCCAAACCCAGCACUCCAGACUCCAAGGGCCGUAGAUUUCCAAGAACUGGAAUACGUGCAUCUUUUGUGCCACCUUGUACAAAGCCAGCCGACCCAGCCCCCAGCCUCACCGCCACACCCCGGGCUCCUGCCCUCUGUACCUCUAGUUGUGUCUAAUGCUCUGUGCUGUUCAGGAUUUGUUUUAUGUCUAUUUGUCAUGCAGAAAAGGUAGUGACCAAUCCGGUAUGGGCACACAGACGGCCUGCUUUGUUCUUUCAUUUCCUCCAACACUUUCUUUCCUCCUGAGUCCAGUCCAAGGGCUUUUAUUUGGCGCUCUGUAACUGCUGCCAGCUUAUCCUCUCUGGCCCUGCUCCCAGAUUUCAGUCUCUUGGCAGCCUCCCCUUGGUUUUCUUCACCCUCUGCUCCCUCCCAGCCUGCCCGCAUGCAUGUGCAGCCUUGGUUUUCGCUCCAUCACCUUGAGCGUUCUGCGGUGGCCCUGGGUGGCGGCGGCCGCAGUGGCCCAUCAGACGCUGCCGCGUGCUGUCCCCUGGCCCUCUCCUUGCCCUCCACCUGUGGAAGCACACCUGCUUUGCCUUGCUGCCUGUGCAAAUGUUGGACAAGGAGACAGACUGUCUAAUCCUCAGCUUAGCACAGAGCUGGAGAGCAGAUUUCUGGAAUUUUUCCACCUGCGAAUCACCCUUUCUGGGGUUUAUCUGUUCUGUCUCCUGCCCACCAAUGAGGCAUCUUGACUGUUUCUUCUACUGCUUUUCAGUUCCUUUUCCCCUGGUGGUCUAUUUCCUUUGAGUGUGAAGACUCUCAAGUGACCUAUCGAGAUAGCGAGAGGGCCAGGAAAGAAUCGGGAGGCGGAGAGGCGGCCGCUGAGGAAACAAGACCCUUUGAACAUUCAGAGGAGUGCCAUGCAGCACUGGGUGUCCUGAGUUAGGGGCAGAGACUGUCAACAGCAAGGACUUGCAGUGGCUUUUCCAGUGGAGCCAGGCCUCUAGGAAGGCAACUAUGGUGGAAGCAGUGUCCAGACACAGGCAGGCUCCAUCCAAGAGGCUAGCCCGUCCUGGCACCUCUCGUACCUUGUGGUACCUUUGCCUUAGUUUCCCCACACAUUCUCCACAGCCCAGCACUGCCACGGGGCAGCCCCCACAGCCACGUGUGCUCCGGGCCGCGGAAAGGCAGGCAUAGGCCAGCAGUAGCCAGCCAUCAUGGUGCCACGUCCCCGCCCCUGGCUUCCAGAUGCGGCCUCCCGGGUGAAUGCUAGGAAACUCGACAAGUUAGGGAAGGAUGAGGAGUCACAGGCACCUGCCUCUCGUGGGACUGGGGUUUGCUGAGGGCCCUCAUUGUUGACACUCUGCUCCAGAGUCAGGGAUCAGCAGGUUCCAUUCCCAACUUUGAGGCCCAUUGCUCGGUACUAGAAAGGAGACAUGUCCCCAAAUACUUGUUUCUUCCCAUGUGAGCAGUAGCUGCCUAUGGCGGUUAGCUUAGAAAGGCAGACACUCCCGGGCUGCAGGUGCUUGAGCUGUAGCCCAAGCUCCCGAGCUCUCCUCUGUGGCAGAGAGUAGAUUCUAGGCCCUCGGGAUUGGAGAGAACAGCUCCCAGAGCGUGAGCUCAGGGCUGUGUUCAGGAAGGGUUUGCUGGGCCUAAAGCUGUAGCGCACUUACUCGAUGAGAGGCAAGCCCCUUUCUGGUCUUGUUUGCACCUGGUGCCCGAUCUUGGGCAGAACGGUACACAUGCUGUGCACAUGGGAGGAAAGAGAUGCCCAAGCGGCAGGAAAUAACUGACCACCUCGCUGCCAGUUAGCAGCUUAGCUAGGAGCCCCGCUCUCUGGGGCAGGAGGUGGGGAAAGAACUUGAUCCGUGUCUGACCAUCCCUGGAGUCUCUGCUCGGCACUCGGGAGGUGGUAUAUGGCAUGCAAGGCUCUUGCUUCCAAAGCCAUUGAUGGUAAUGAACUGGAGGCCCAGCUAGGGCUAGUUACAGCCAAACGCGGGUGCCUCCCACCUCCCCCAAACAAGGGAUGUUUGCUUUUCAGCAUCAGGUAACUACUGUAGCCCCCAGAAUUGCUUAGGCAGUGUGAGAACAGGAGGAAGGCUAGAAGGGCUGAUCAAUGCAAAAAGCUCAGAAUAUUUAUAAAUUCCACCCCCAGAGUGGGGAGGGGCGGGUACCAGAGCUGGACUAAGCUGCACCCAGGAAAUAGCCCAUGGGUUCUCCUGAGACAGGGACUGUGCGGCCCAGAAGCCCAGCCACUGUGCCCAGCAGGAAAGGCUGUGCCAACAGGGGCCCAGCACACAGGCUACAGGAAGCCUUGCUGGCAAUGGCUGUGGGCUGCCGGUUUUUGCUGAUACAGGUAGGAUGGGACCCUUCAUUAAUAUUUGACUUUAAUAAGUGGGUAAGGAUAUAUUUUUUUGUCUGUUCUGUUUCAACUUAUGUAGAUUAUUAUAAAUUGAUGUAAACCACGUGAGAAAAAUGUUAAUAAAAAAACGCAAAGCCCAUACAUUUGCACACAA